UAAAAGUUAAGAGAUAUUUUAGCAGACAGUCGUUUUUUAUAAAUUUUGCUUUCGUUGCAGCGUAUGUUUACCUAUCUACUAUAUCAUUUACAACAACCUCUCUCGUGCCACGCAUUUUGGAUGUUGUAUUUCCAUUGAAUACUUCCCGCCCUAUAAUGUUAGCAUAUCCGGCAUACUAUUUCGUUGACGAAAAUCGAUAUUUCUACUAUAUUUUUCUUCACAUGAUAAUUUGCGCCACUGCGUGUUUAACCGGGUUAAUCGCACACGAUUGCAUGUUCUUUACCUACAUCGAACACACCUGCGGCCUCUUCGCCGUCGUUAAAUAUAGAUUUGAGCAUGUACCACAUAAACGUAGUAAUGCAGAAAAAAGUACAAUUGAUUGUUCGAAUUCCUUGUAUUACAAGAACGUUGUUAUUUCGAUCCAAGCUCAUCGAAAGGCAUUGCAGUUUGUUAAAAUUCUUGAAGAUACCUUUUCGAUAUCGCUCGCCGUGCAACUCCUAUUAAUUACAAUCUGCUUGAGCAUUACCUUGGUACAACUCUCAACGCAGCUGCACGAAUCAGCGGAAGCGAUGAGAUAUUUCGUCUUCAUUAUGGCUCAAUUGUUUCACUUGUUCUGCUUUAGCUUCCAGGGACAAAAACUGAUAAAUUAUAGUCUCGAAACUCGCGACAACAU